UAACAAGGCAUUAUAACUUUUAUCCCAAACCUUAAAACUAAUGACGCACGGAUCAAUUAUAUUAAACCAUUGAAACUCCAAAACACCUGAUAAAUAACGUAUUUAAGUAAUUAGUGCCAUUAUACAUAUUAUCGUAAUUAGCUGCAUUAUGUGAAGAGAAUUCUCUGAAAAAAUAAUUUAUCUCAAUAAUCAUGCAUCUUAUCAGUGGUGGUGUGAUACUUAAAUAUUCCUUUCUUUAUCAAUUGAAGCAUGAUGCCAUUGUGACUCUCUACAUAGUUACACUUCGUCCAUUUAACUUGACACUUCAUUUACAUAUUAGUCUUUACAAAAAUUAAAUCCCAAAAGAUGGAAUACAACUUAAACAUCGAGGUUGCACAAGUCGCGGAUAGGAAUCGUAAACUAAAGAUGAUGGCAGCCGCAUUAUUUGGAGGGGUUGCCCAAGUAGCCUUAAUGCAUCCUAUGGACACAGUUAAGGUUCAGACCCCUGAGACUCCACAAAACUAUAGUGGUCCAAUGGACUGUGCCAAAAAACUUCUUGCUAAUGGUGGAAUCUCCAAUUUUUACAGAGGAUUUUGGAUAACGUAUCUUCGAGGCAUCUCUCAAGUGGCCGUUUACUUCCCCACAAUUCGCGUAAUUAACCAUUAUAUCACACCUGAAAACGGAGUAAUGAGCAUGGAUCGAGCAUUCCUGGCGGGAAUGUCUGCCAGCGUGGUAGUGUGGACGGCCAUUCUUCCGAUAGAUGGAGUCAAAACUAUUUUACAGACAGCUCCUGCUGAAGGCUCUCACCCCAAAACUUGUAGAUCCAUAGUAACCGCGAUAUAUAAGAAUGAUGGAAUUCCCGGAUUUUUUCGUGGAGUUAUGCCAGUCGCGUUGAGAACGGUGAUUGCCAUUUCUUCAGUAUUUGGAGGACUGCACGUAGUCAUGCACGUGCUGAACGUUGAUGAACUAACUUUUGAAACUAAUGCGUAAAUUUGUUAAUAUCUUGAAAUUCUGGCAUCCAAUUAUUGCGCUAUAAAUAGACAAAUGUUGAUCACAUAACAAAUAUUAUAAUGAUUAUUAAUAUUAUUAUAUUAUAAAUAACAUACCUAGGUAUGUCAAAAUAUUAUGCGAAUAAACGAUACA